AUGACAGUCCAAGAUCAGGAAGACCUAGAGUCACCACACCUGCCCAAGAUCGCAGCUAUUGUGGCUGUCACAGCGGCUGUUGUGACUGCCACAGCGGCUGUUGUGACAGCCACAGCGACUAUUGUGACUAUCACAGCGGCUAUUGUGAUUGUCACAGCGACUAUUGUGACUACCAUAGCGGCUAUUGUGACUGUCACAGCGGCUAUUGCGACUGUCACAGCGGCUGUUUUGGCUGCCACAGUGGCUAUUGUGACUGUCACAGCGGCUAUUGUGACUGUCACAGCGGCUGUUGUGACUGCCACAGUGGCUAUUGUGACUGUCACAGCGGCUAUUGGGACUGUCACAGCGGCUGUUCUGACUGCCACAGCGGCUAUUGUGACUGUCACAGUGGCUAUUGUGACUGUCACAGCGACUAUUGUGACAGCCACAACGGCUAUUUUAAGGUCUAUUGUGACUGCUACAGGCGCUGUUGUGACUGCCACAGGCGCUAUUGUGACUGCCAUGGUGGCCACUGUGACUGUCACAGCGACUGUUGUGACUGACACAGCGGCUAUUGUGACUGCCACGUGUGCUAUUGUGACAGUCACAGCGGCUGUUGUGACUGCCGGGUAUGCUAUCGUGACUGCCACAGACGCUAUUGUGACUGCCACAGUGGCUAUUGCGACAGCCACAACGGCUAUUCUGAGGGCUAUUGUAACUGCCACAGGCGAUAUUGUGACUGCCACAGCGGCUAUUGUGAUUGUCACAGCGGCUAUUGUGACUGCCACAGUGGCUAUUGUGACUGCCACGUGUACUAUUGUGAGUACCACAGGCGCUAUUGUGACUGCCACAGCGGCUAUUGUGACUGCCACAGCGGCUAUUGUGACUGCCACGGUGGCCAUUGUGACUGUCACCGCGACUAUUGUGACUGCCACAGGCCCUAUUGUGACUGCCACAGGCGCUAUUGUGACUGUCACAGAGGCUGUUGUGACUGCCACAGGCGCUAUUGUGACUGCCACAGCGACUAUUGUGGCUGCCACAGGCGCUAUUGUGACUGCCACGUGUGCUAUUGUAACUGCAACAGGCGCUAUUGUAACUGCCACAGGCACUAUUGUGACUGCCACAGGCGCUUUUGUGACUGCCACGUGCGCUAUUGUGACUGCCACAGGCGCUAUUGUGACUGCCACAGGCGCUAUUGUGACUGCCAUGGUGGCCAUUGUGACUGUCACAGCGACUAUUGUGACUGCCACAGGCGCUAUGGUAACUGCCACAGGCGCUAUUGUGACUGUCAUAGCGGCUAUUGUGACUGUCACAGCGACUAUUGUGACUGUCACAGCGACUAUUGUGACUGCCACAGGCGCUGUUGUGACUGCCACAGGCGCUAUUGUGACUGCCACAGGCGCUAUUGUGACUGCCACAAGCGCUAAUGUAACUGACACAGGCGCUAUUGUAACUGCCACGUGUGCUAUUGUAACUGCCACAGGCGCUAUUUGCCUGUAUGAAUUUUCGGCGCUAGGCCAUUGCGGUUAUGUGUAG